GCCGCCCGCCGGAGGCCGCACGGCGCAGGCCCGCCGCAGCGCAGCCGCUCUGAGGUGAGUGUCCUACCGCGCAAUCUCCAGCUCCUCCAGCCCCGGCGCAGCCGCAGCAACGCGGGGGCCCCCGCCGGCCGCCAGCACCCCCGGCCCCGCCGCCCCGCGCUGGGCCGCGCCGCCCCGGGAGGGGGCCCGGGGGACCGCGGGGCCGCGGGGGGGUCGGGAAGGCCUCGCGGAGCCCUCUCGGCUUUGGGGGGGGGGAUGGGAUGGGGAUCGGGCCGGGCCCACACGCGCGGGGCAGCGCCGGGCCGAGCGCGGGAGGAGCGGCGGGGGCAGCGGGGACCCCUCUGCCAUUUUGUGCGCCCCGCCGCCAGUUGUUUCUAUUUCGGCCCUUCUGUAGUUCUGCCGUUCCUUCCCGCUUUGCUUUCUCUUUAUUUUCCUUCUUUUUUCCUUCUUUUUUUCUUUUUUAAUUUUCCCACCUCCCCCUUUUCUAUUUCCCCUCCCUUUUAUUUUUUUUCUUUAAUUUUUUUCCUUUCCCCUUUUUUAUCUUUUUCCUUUUUAUCUAAUUUUCCUUUUAAUUUUUUUUUAUUUUCCUUUUUUUUUUGCUUUUCCCUUUUAUUUUUUCAUCUUUUUCCUGUUAUUUUUUCCUUUUCCCCCUUUCUAUUUUUGUUUUUCCCUAUUUUUCCCUUUUUAAUUUUUCCUUUAUUUUUUAAAAUUUUCUCCUUUUUUCCCCUUAUAAUUUUUUAAUUCUUUUAUUUUCUCUUAAUUUUUUUCUCCUUAACAUUUUCUUACUUUUUUUCAUCUCCCUCGUUAUUUUUCCCUCCCUCCAUUUUUAAUUUUCUUUUUAAGUUUUCCCCCAUUUUUCACUCCCUUCUUAUUUUAUUUUUCCCUUUUUAAUAUUUCUAUUAUCCUCUGUUUUAAUUUUUCCCCCUCUCUUUAUUUUUUUUCUCCACUCUUAAUUUUUUUCUUUUAUCCCCUUUUUAGUGUUUCCUCCUUUUAGGUUUUCCCCCUUUUCCUUCCUGUUAAGUUUUUUUUACUUCCCUUUAUUAUUAUUAUUAUUUAUUUUAUUUUUUUUACUUUUUCACCCAUUUAAUUUUUUUCUUUUUUCACAUUUAUAUUUUUCCCCCUUUUCCUCCUCCUUUAUUUUUUUAUUUUUUAUUUUUCCCCAUUUCCUCCCCCCUUUUUUUUUUCCUUCUUUUUUAUUUUCCCUUCUUUUUCCCCCUUUUAAGUUUGUCCCUCUUGUUUACCUCUUCCCUUUAUUCCUCCUCCCCCCUCUUAUUGGGCUGCAUUGUGGCCAGAGGGCUCCCACUGCUUCCUGAGCUGUUUGGGAUUGGGAACCAUCACAGAGCACAAAAUCCCCACCCUAAAUGUGCACAGGAAGAGCUCUUUUGCAUCUACAGCUAAUUUUGAUAACGUGCAGAAAUUUUUUCUGCGUGUAUCUUCAAGAUUUGGAUCUUUGCUCCCCCCACGUAGAAUCUGAGACCUUUUGGCAUGGCGUGGUUCUGUCUUUGGCAUGGUGUGGUUCUUUGGCCUCGCUGCUGCCUGGCUGAUUUAUGUCAUUUUUCACAGUUUUAUGCAUUUAUGCUUUGGUGUUACCUUGGCUGUUGGGUCACUUGCAGCGUUUUGCUCAUCUUUAGAGCAGUGGGGUUGCUGUUUUCAUGCCCUGAUAGUGGGGGAACGGAUGAGAAAUCGUUCUGUCUUCUGCUUUUAAAUGUCUGUGGUAGAACAUUUGUGGGAAGGAGGAAGUAUCUGACUGUGAUGGCUGCUUUGGAAGGUUCAGAAUCACGGUGAUUUACAUUGGAGUUUUGGUCUUUUCCAUGAUGGCUGGGGAUCACGUUGACUUCCUUUAGGAUUUUGGUCUUGUCCAGCAUGGCUAAGGAUCAUGUUGGGAUUUGUUCUUGUCCAUCAUGGCAAAGGAUCACAAUGACUUUCUCUGGGAUUUUGAUCUUGUUCAUUACGGAUGAGGAUCACGUUGACAUUCUUUGGGGUUUUGGUCUCAUCCAUCAUGGAUGAGGAUCACAUGGACUUUCUUUGGGGUUUCUGUCUCAUUCGUUAUGGAUGAGGAUCACAGUGACUUUCUUUGGGUUUUUGGUCUUGUCUGCCAUCAUGGGUGAGGAUCACGUUGACUUUCUUUGGGGUUUUGGUAUCCUUCAUUAUGGCUAAGUGCUAUGAUGUAGACUUAAAUCAUCUCAUACAUGAUUUUCUUCACUCCGAUGGAGCUUUGUGUCACAUUUUUUAGGGCUCUCACAUUGUUUAGGUGCAGACUUUGCACUGAGUUGGCUCUCACUGCCAUAAAUCCAGUGGUGUGUGUGGCAUUGGGAAAAUGCAUAGCAUAAACCUCAUAGAGGAUGAUGAGCAAAGGCUGCAUUGUAACUCCUGCCACACAGUGCUUUUAUGCUUGGUAGUAAUUAGGCUUUAAUUACUGGCUUUAUUAAGCCCCGUGACUGGUCAGCUGCACAGAUGUCAGCUUUUAAUUUUAGGUAUUUUGGUGUGAGGACUACCAAAAGUGUUGGAAUUUGCUGUUUUUUCCACUGCUCACGAACCUGAAUCAUCUUUGGUAGAUUUAUCACAACCUGCUUGGCUUCUGGCAGGCUCAAGCCUGGAGGCUUUGAGCUUUGUAACGAAAAUGAAGCAUGAAUGGCCACAGGAUCGUGGGUUGGGAGCCCUGGGAGAUUCCAUUCAACCUCCCUGGAGGCUUUGGGUUCUUUUUCAUAUAUUUUAUUUUAUUUUUCUGCUGUAGCCUUUUAUGAUCUGGAAAGCAGCCCAGAAAAUAACUUCUAGGAAGGAAGCUGGGUUCAGUGCCUCUGUAGGAUGUCCUUGCAUCCCUUCUACCAUGAAAAUUUAAUAGAUCUUCAUGCAUAAUGCUGUCAAUAGAACUUAGCUCCUGUUGGUUUUCAGUGCAAGUGCUGCUGUAGAGUUCAACUUUGGACUUCUACUGCUGUUCCUGAAGGAAGUCCAGAGGAAGGAUGUAUCGUUAGCUUUAUUUUUGUACCAGUGAUUAUCCAGUAAUGGAGUUCUUGAAUAAAAUAAUUUUGUGAUACACUCCUUGGUCUUUUAAAAUAACUUGGUGCGUGGUGGGGAUCUCGCCUGCUUUGCUCUGAGUUGUAACUGUAGUAGAAAAAAUGGAAAAUGGUGCUGAGGUGGCACUUGGAGCAGAGGCUUUGUGACUCACCCGGCUCUCCUCUAACGAACUUCAUUAGCUGUUUGGUAAAUAGCCACUUGCUAAGGAUGCGUGUCUAAAAUUAGGAGCAGCUACAGCCAGCUGAGGAUAAGAGUUCCCUCUUUGGGAUUUCAGCUGCCAUACCAGAGGUGUGCAGCCCACUGAGGACCCCUGGGUGGCACAUGAGCAUGUCUUACUUGUGUUUAAAGGUAAUCUGUACCCUCGUGGUUUAAAACUACUCACCUCACAUCCAGUUUGGUGGUUGCUCAUGUUCCCACUGUUGAAAGUAGGGCUGUUGGCCUCUGCCAGCCCAACCCUAUUGACCUCUGCCAGCUCAACCCUUUCUUCUUGGCUCCCCCAACACUUUUCAGCUGUCUGGCAGAGGCUGGUUGGGUGUUUGGUUGUGGAUGAGUCACCCGUUGAGCUCCAAGGAGUCGGUGCUACUGAUGGAUAAGACAUUGGGGAGCUGGAAGCUGUAUCUAGUGGAGAGCAGCAGACAUCCAUCCUGCUGAUGUGUUGACAUCAAGGAAAUGGCAUUGUUUUUCAUCCUGUGCGAUGUAGAUGUUCAGAGACUUGUGCUGCACUUUGUAGGUAUAUUCCAUCUGAUCCUGGGUUCUAUAGAAGUGAGGAGCCCAGCAUUAAUUUGCAGUUGUUGUUUUUCACCUUUUUGUCCUGCUUUGUGGGUAGUGGGUCAUGUUGUGCGCAGUGCAUUGCUGUGCUAGGCUUCCUCACCUGCAUUAUUUUGGUUGGUGUUGAUGGUUUCCUGCCUCUGUGGGGGUCUGAUAAAAAGGAGUUUUGUGAUGGCUGUAAACUAAAAGAGGGGGGAUUUAGGUUAGAUGUUGGCAGGGUGUUGGAACUGGAUGGUCUUUGAGGUCCCCUCCAACCUACUCCAUUCCAUGGUUUUAUGACAAGUAAUGCAAUCAGAAAGAAACCAGUUCCCACCUACUGUUUAUUACAUAACCCUCUAAUUAAAGUCAUCAAACGGAGAUGACUCUGCGGCUUGGGAAACUUCCACCAUGUCUGGGUCAAAAAUACUUCCUCUGUGCUUUAUUUACAUUGCGACAUCCUCGAUGUUGUGUCAAUUAAUUCUUAUCCCCACAAGCUUAUUUUUGACUCCAGCUGUUGGAAUCUCCUGCUGUUUGGACCCCAAAAAGGUCCUUUAAUUCUUCAGUUUUCCCUAUAAAGGAAAGAGGACUUGAGGUAGUGCUGCUCCCUUUCUCCCUAGGAAGGCCAGGCUGAUGUGAAGCACUUCUCAUAGUUGCCUAGCACUGAAAGUUGUCUUUCCUUUUCUGCCUUAUUUCUGCACCAUAUCUUGGACUGAAAGGUAAAGCAUUGAGGUGGGUCUCUUGCCCAAGGAGCAAAUGAUGUGUGCUCCUGGGCUGGCCGUAAUGCUUAAACUCUGAUAAUGAGAAACAUACGUGGAUGGAGGUGGCGGUGAGGAAAUGUCAAAGACCUCCAAAACACAAAAUGCAGCAGCAAAUAAAAUACUGCCUUCUGUUUUCCAUGCACAGAGUAAAUGGUUGUGUGUUACAGCAGCCCCUAAAACCUCCCUCAGCUCCCACGUUAACAAACAUGAAGAGCAUGAACAGCCCCGUUUGUAUGUAGGCAUGUUUGUUAUAAACGUGCAAUAAAUGUUUCAUCUUUUAACAGAUUUAGUUUUGAGUGUUCAGCUUGCAUGGAAAACAGCUGCAUAAUAAGUGAUGUGCUUCAAGGAGCAAGGUGGCCAGGUUAACGAGCUCUCUGUUGGUCCCACAGAGGGGAAAAAUGUUCUAAAAAUGCACUUACAUUCAGCAUGCAGAUACUAAGGUAAUUGCAGAGUGGUCUCAUCUAGUUGAGCUGCAGAUAGACUUCCUGCCUGAAAAUCCAUAUCCCAUCCAAAACACAGCUGCUGAUGUUCUCCAGCACUUGGUGCCCAGUUUGCAGAGGUGGCAUAUUGCUUUUCCAGGGUUUUGCUCAUCAACUCGCAGCGUUCCUGCUGUGGAACCUUGCUCAUGGGUGCAAGCAGACGCUGUGUGCUUGGAGCAAAACGUGAGGGGUGGCUGAGGUCCUUUGGUUGGCUCACCAGAGGGUGGUGGGCACAGCCCUGAGCUGCCAGAGGCCAGGGAACAUUUGGAUGCUGCUCUCAGACAUAGGGUUUGGGUGGUGCUUUGUGGACUUUGAUGGUUUUUGUGGGUCCCUUCCAACUGGGAUGUCCUGUGAUCCAAUGGCUGUCCCCUUCCUCCCCUGGUCAAGGUGGAGCCUCCCCUCCAAAACCAAGUAUGAUCUCAGAGGUGUAGUUAAGCUUGGGUUUGGGGUGGGCCAUGCCAUGAUAGCCUCUGGGGCCCUUUCCAGCCUGACCCAUUCUAUGAGCUCCCUGCAGAACACAUCACCAACAGAACCACCCAGCUUUGUAGCCAGGCCUGCUACCUUAGGUCAGAGCUUGUGCAAUUUAGUGCAGAUAAUUUAAUUAGGGCUGUGCCCUGUGCCCUUACCACAUGGUAGAUGACAGCUAAGGCAACGUGAGGGCAAACAACACUGUUGGCCAAGUGCUCAGGGCAGCAGCCAUGGCCAACAGGUUGAUCUCUUGGUGUUGUUUCCAAAUCUCUUAUUCUAUUGCAUCCAAAUGUGCUGUUAUGUUGCCUCCUAACCCCCGUGAGCAUCUCAGUGCUGUCUGCCAACCACUGCCCUCUUGUGUGCUCCUCACAACGCUCCCAUUACGUUCCCUUGCAGCAGCCCAGUGUAACAGUAAUCCUUUCCCUCUAUAAAAGAGGAUUAAAAAUGGGAACAUUCGUACCUUAAUUCAGCCUGCCAGGGCUGUGCUCCAUCUUUUAGGCAGUAAUCCUGUCGGGAAAGGGCCAUCAGCAAACAGCAGAUCCUCCAGUCAUGCUGCUGAUGGGGUUAGCAAUUCUUCAAAUUAAUUCAAAAGCUGUAACAACUAGAGAAGAGCAACUCGCUUAGAAUGACAUAAAGGCCACAUGGUUCAGAGUAAAAUAAUUAGAAAUUGGGGUUUCUGUGGUUCUUGAAAUGAAAGUGUGCAAAUGGACAUAAUGGUACCUUUAAGGAUUCUGUUUGUCAGAUGCUUUGCUGUUCAGACUCCACUUACAUGCUUAAUAAACAGGUGUGAAAUCCCAUUUGUUUCUUCUCCAGGCGUUCUGUGUUUCCUGCAGCUCUUUUGGGUGAGAUGCUGAUGAGAAAGGCACAGUACAAGACAUGGGUUUGGUUUUCUAGGAUUUUUUUUUUUAGGGUUUUUUAUGCUGCGACUGUUGGCAUAGGGAUUAUUUUUCCAGCCUAAUUAAAAGGAUAAUUGCAUUAAGCCACAGGAGGACGCUGUGGGAUGACAAGAGAUGGAUUUCAGUCCCUCCUAGGGCUUGAGUUACUGUAUUUCUGCCAGUGAACGACCACUGCAAAUUCUCCAGAACAAUGGGAUUUUUGCAUUUCGAUGUGUGUUUUCAACGAGAUAGGGUAAUAAUAGAGAUACAAAUCAAUCUUGCUGAUGAUGGAUGGCAUUGUUUCCUUAUCAAAUCCACGUUACUAAUUCCAUCGAGGCACAUCAUUGAAUGGGCAUGGCAUCGAACCCUAUCUAAAGGUGAAUGAGUGAAUAAUAUUUAACCUGGGAGAGCCGUCAGCAGGUUGGAUGCUAUGCAGAGACUUCCAGCAGGUGUCUGAAGCCUCAUUUUAGGAAGAACACAAAGGCUUUGUUUUGCAUCCCCCUAAGAAAAGUCGGGUCUUGGUGUGGCUUGGCUGUGGCAGUGACAAGAGAUGGAACUGGGACCCAUCCAAAAUGGAUCAGAAUGUGGCUACAGCGGUCUGCUAUGAGGGCUGAUCAGCAGCAGUGGUUUAAGGCAUGAUUGCAAUUGUCCUCGUGCAAGUCUCAGUGCAUUCUCCCACCACUGAAACCUGCUGAUGAGAUGCUCACGGGAUGAAGAAGCACCUCUGCUUUGUGCCAGAACAGCAGAUCACAGUGAGAGACCAUCUCAGAUGCAGAAUUCCCCUCAAAUAGGACUUUAUUUUAUCAGUAAGCGGUGAGUGAUUAAUUUCUCACUGGAUCACUUUUCACUUAGGAAUUAUUCCAGGCUGUCUUUGCAGGGAGCUGGGAAUUCAUCAAAACCUAUUGCACCAAUGGAAAAUAGGUUUUAAAAUCAAACAACCUGCUGUGGUAAGUGCAUAGGACUCACACAGGACAAGUGCUUUCUAAUCUCAUCCCAUGCAAGGGUUGCAAACAAGCACCUGAGCAGUGCUGAGCACUGCCACCACCUCAUCACAGCUCCUGCAAGCAAUCCUUGUGCAAGAUGGGGGAAGUAAGAAGGUAGAGCAGCAGUGGUCUAUGUGCUGAUGGGGAAGCCCAUUUCCUAGCAGAGGUGCUGGUGCACAUGGCUGGAAACUACCACAGCACUGCAAGGAGAAGAGCCAGCAGCGCUGUUGCAUGGGGUUUAACAUGCCCAGAUCACAGCAACCCCCGAGAACAAAGGUGCCAGUGUGAUGGUGGUGGUUUCAUGCAAAGCAAAUGGCUUAUUUACAGGGCAGGCUUGAAUCCAUUAAAGGCAUAUUAAACUCCAGAUGCUCACCAACUUUACAAAAGGAGUGGAAGAAAGGGAGGAGGUGUUGCACAUUUUUUUUUUGGAUGAAAAAAAAAAAUCAGCUCUUUGAGCGUGGAGCAGCAUUUCAUUGCAGUUAAAAGCGUGAUGCUGGACCAGUGAGACAGAUUUGAUGUUGUUUUCCCUUUUUAAAGCUGGUUUUCAGACUGAGCUGCGUAGCGCCAGACGGUGCUGUGUGAUGUGUGGUUCCAUGCAGGAUGCUCGAUAUUGGGUCUGCAGCACAGGGAUCAAGCAGAAAAUGGAAAAGGGGAAACUAGGAGCGUUUCCAUUCCUUUGGAACUAAUAAGGAAAUGAGCCAGAGGGAUUAUUCUUGGCUAUGCCAAAUGGGCCCCCUCUCCAAGACCUCUAAAUUAACUUCAGGUGGGUCCAUCACCACCCAGCAGUCUGAGUUAUGUUUUAUGGAAGAAGCAGUGCUCUGUGCCUCAAUACCUUCGUGGGCUGCUGCAGCUCAGUUUUCUGCCUUUUACCUUGUGUCAUUUCUCAAUCUUUGCUUAUUCCAUACAGAAAGUGGAGCUGCUGUGGUGUCAGUGCCCAACGGGGGCCUUUUUCUCCUCCAAAACCUUCACUUAGGAGACAUUGUAGUGAUAGCAAGGAGUAUUCACCAAGAAAAGACAGGCAUUUUUUAUGAAGAAGUGAGUUUUGAAAGGAGAAACCUCCACCCAAAAUGUCCAAGCAGAGGAAAGGUCUGGUUGCAAACCCUGAAAAUAUAGAAUUUGGAGUUACAGCCCACACAGAGUGGGUCUGAGCCCUUCUCCUUCGGUCUUCAUUCACAUGGUCCAUGCUUUGCAUCCACAUGGAAAUCAUUUAAACAUCCCAAGAUGAUUUUCCAUCUGUUUUAUUCUUGUGUGGACAUCUCAUCUUUGGCUCAGUUUAAAGCACUCAUGAAACAACACUAUCAUGAGACGGUGGUAGAGGAGUUCCUCUAGUGGAGUAACCCUCAUGGCUUUAUGUCGAUGUGGUUACUUCUGUUGACACCACAGGUGACACUGAGUAGACACGAGCUCUAUUUUCAACCACGAGUCUUUGAAUUGAACGCAGAACUUACAGGUUUUGUGCUCCAUUUCUGUUGUUUUCUGCUGUUUCGGGUGGUCAGGUUUUGCUAUUUUGGGCUGCUUUUCUCCUCCAGCACCUCAUAUUCUUCCAGUUCUGGUGUCAGCAGUGCUUCAAAGGAGCUUCCGUUGUGACCACAAAGCAACUGCACUGCGUGGUGAGAUGACUUUAUCCUCGUUUCUCUGUUUUCAAGCAUUUUAAAAGAUCUUAAAAAUACUUCUGGCUCUCAUCCAAGGCUUCGGGACAAAGCCACAGCUACCAGGAAAUGUCUCCACAGGCAUGGUAUCCAUCGUCAUGGUAUCAGGGUUUCCUUGCACCUGAAAUUGUUUGCGUUUAUAAAGCAGAACAGGAAUGAAAGUUCAUUUUCUGGAACGAGGAGUGUUCAUUUCUGAAACGAAUCAAGAACAAUUUUUUCCUUUCAUGCUCUGUUCAAUAAUCCCUUUUCCAGUCCAUCAGAUCCAUGGCGGAGCUGCUUUGGGUGGUUCUUUGGUGGCUCUUCAGGUAGUUCUUCCUCUGUGCUCACAGCCUGAUUUCUACCAGGAAUCCUGCAGGAAUAACAUGAAAAGAUGGAUAAUACAAAUAAUUACCCAAACUUUCAACACACGGCUACAGGGCUUUUGCCCUUCAGAUGCUGGAAACGUUUGGGAAUUUUCCAGGAGGCAAAUGUGCAGACAUGAAAAGAGUGCAGAAGUUGGAAAAGUAGAAAUUUGGCACUGAGUGAAGUCAGCCAGUGGGUUAAACUGGAAUUGAUCCAAGUUACAAUGGUAGAAACGAGUUACUGAAGCUUGUAGUGUUGGGAUGUGCACGAUGGAGCAGGCUCCCGCAUCCACUGGAGAGUAAGUCCUGGUUUGUGGUAGAUGUGCAAUAGUUUCUUGCCCUUUUCCCAGCUUCUAUUUACUUUUAUAUAGCCUGGAAUGAUGAAGAUGAGGGUACAGAAAGGGCAGAGCCAGGUUCUGCUUGGUGGUGGAAGCGCAAUGUGUGCCUGUAAAAAUGAGAGCAAAUACCCACACAUUCCUGUCUGCUCUUUAUGGGCACCGAUGUGUUGAUGUUGGUCACCCAGCUGCUUGUUUUGCCCACUUAGGAAUGCAUGGCCCAUAGUUCCAGUUUGAGUGGUAUUGCCCUGGUUCAAGCAUUUUUCCUCCUAAAGAAAGCAGUGUCAGAAGCAUCGCUCAUUUUGCAAUCUCGUUUCCUGGGGAGCUGAGUGGUGGCUAUGCUUUGUCACAUAUAUUCUGGUAGUAUUUUUUUAUGAGGAUAAAUACUUCUUUAUUUCAAUGGAAAGCACUUUAUGUUGUAUGGCACCAUGGGGAAAAGAGCAGUGAACCACUUCAGACAAAGAAAGCCUAGUGGUUUGGGAAAAGCAUGGCCUGCUGUGCUGCUCCAUUAAGGUUUUGCCUGAAAUGUCCCUUCACUCCCCCCAUUUUUUUUCUGUAGUGAUAAUAAAAUAAGUUCAUUAGAAGAAGAUUAUGCUGGAUCUGUUUCCAACCAAAAGAUUUCAGUGCACCUUGGUGUCUCAGACCCUUCCUUACUGGAGGUAUUUGAAUUGGUGAACCCACUUUUUGGGUGGUUCUAAUAUCACAGUGUCUUGUAAACAAGGCUGAAUAAUGCCUGGUUCCAUUGUGAGCUGGAUUGUGAGUGGGAAGGUGGUUGGAGCUUUAACCUCCAUAGGUUUGUAAUGGUCUCACAACUGUAUUUCGGCAGGUUGGAGCUCCCUUAGUGCAUGCCUAUCUUAGAAACAGCCUAAACUCAUCUGUUGGGAGCCCAAAUUGAGUUUAAUUUCCAUUCAUACAUUUUAAGAACAUUUGGGGCUUCUCGUAGUGUUUCCCAGCCAAGAAACUCACUUUUCUGGAUAGGAAAUGCCAAAAUAAAGAGUCAGCUCCACCAUGAAGUUGGUAGCUCUUAGUGAAGCCAUUCAUUUUGUGAUUCUCGUUAUUAGAAGUGUAGGAGAGAAAACAGAGUGGGUUUGGCACGUUUGGCAUUUUGAGAAGCUCAAUACCACUUUUGGAAAGAUCUAGCUGGAUUUCUUUGUAUUGGGAAUUGAGAAACCAUUCUCAGAUUGCCUAGGUUGGAGUUAUCAUAGGAGGACAAAGGCUGUUGGAGAAAGAACCAUCGCUGUGCAAUCCUGUACGUGGAGCAAACCCAUCUGAAUCCCAUACUCAGAGAUAACCCAUCCUUAUCCCAUACAUGGAGCUAACCCACCCUAAAGCCAUGGACCUGCUGGCUGGAAGCUGUCCAUUGAGCAAGAGGAUGUGACUGCCCACAGCCAUUUUGGUAAUAAUGUGAUAUUUGGAAACUUACGUGCACGAUAGUGGGUUUUUGCUUGGCUCAUCCUAAGUCUCCUGUCAGUAUUUUCAUCUAUGAACUUCUUCUCAUCUCCAUUCAACACCGCAUGUGCCUCUGGCAUUUGAGCAGGAAGCUUUCCCUAAGUGCUGUCCAGGGAAUAUUCUCCCUGCAUUUGAGAUGCAGCUUUUGUUUCCCAUAAAGGAAUAAUAAAAAAAAUAACUGUGCUUGCAUCAAAUGUGGGAAAUGAUUUUGGAAGGGGUGGAUGAAUGUUUAGAGGAUGGGACUUGCUAAAAUAAUUGAUUUGCUGGUGGUGGUGUCUUCAGGUUGAAGCUGCCUUUGAGAGAACCGCUUUAUAAAUGCCCUUAGUGUUCAGUACACAAUGUUGUUGGUACUUCUUCCCAUGGCCUUGGAUGUGCCUUGCCCUUCUUCCUCUCCCAGAAUCAGGAUAAGACUCGGGUCAUCUCCUGCCUUCCACCAAACCUCCUGUCCUCAGCUUGAGGUGCUCCUCCUUCUCCUCCGUUCUUUCCAUGGAGCAUCCUACGUUUGUAAUCAUUCCUCUUGCAGUCUCUCAAGAAGUUGUUCUUGGUUGGUUUGGCCAAGAUAACUUUGGCCAAGAGCUCUUUCUCCUGGCAUGGAUCUCACGGUCCCAUUUUUCCUGCGUGGUUGGUCCUGAUGAUGUCAUUUUUGGACUCACCGUCAGCCUGAUGACUAUUUUGUCAUAGUGGCUGUCAUGCUGAUCAUUUGCAAAGCAUUGUGUAUUUCUGACAGGAUAUAUGUAUGAUAAAAGUUAUGGGAUGCUUUGGAAGAGCAGAGCUGCGUGUUGGCACGCUGUGGUUGAGUUGAUGGUGCAGUGCACCAUGGCCAGGUCUGUGCUCCUGACUCGCUCCUCCUGAAAAGCUGAACAGAUUUCUGUGGAGAGGGUGUGGUAAAGAGCUUUUAAUCCCGUGGACUUUUGACCCCAUUAUUAUGGCCACAAGGUCCCUCUGGUAUGUGAUGCAAUAGCAUGUGGUAUGCUGGUGCUUUCCCACCAAUACACAGUAGAUACCCACUGACAAAACCUGAGCAUCUCCUGCUCAGAUUUAUGUUCAUGCUGCAUGCUCUGGUGCCCUGCUGACUGAGCUACUGCUCUGCUCAGUGGUUUAGCACUUAGCUACAUUAAAUAAAUAUGCUUUAUGUAACGUUUAUGCUUAGGUUGUAAUGAUUAUGUCUACUUCCGGACUCUGGGCAAAUAGUGCAGCAAAAAUCAUCUCCAGAACACAACUUGCUGCCACUAAACCUCUGUACUGUAAUGCACAUCCUGGGAUGUUGAGGUUGGAGCAUCCUGUCUUGGUGUCAAAGUGGCAGAAAUAAGCUCCAGGCACCCAGCUUGGGAAUGCCAGGUGCGUGAAGACCUUUCCUCCAGCAGCGGUGCCUGCUUCUGGUGCUGUGCUGUGUAGUUGGGAAAUAGGAUUUUUCAGAACCUUUUCUACCUCCUGAAUCAGUAAUGUCCCUCCUGUGGAAGUCCGCUAGGGGAGUACCUAUUGAUGGAAGAACACGGCGUGACUCAAACAGAACACAUGGCCACCAUCGAGGCCCACGCAGUGGCCCAGCAGGUGCAGCAGGUCCACGUGGCCACCUACACGGAGCACAGCAUGCUGAGUGCCGACGAGGACUCACCUUCCUCACCCGAGGACACGUCCUAUGAUGACUCUGACAUCCUCAACUCCACAGCUGCCGAUGAGGUGACGGCCCACCUGGCUGCAGCAGGCCCUGUGGGGAUGGCAGCAGCUGCUGCUGUGGCAACGGGUAAGAAACGGAAGCGACCACACGUUUUUGAAUCCAACCCAUCCAUCCGUAAGAGGCAGCAGACGCGUUUGCUACGGAAGCUCCGUGCCACGCUGGAUGAGUACACCACCAGAGUGGGGCAGCAAGCCAUCGUCCUGUGCAUCUCACCCUCCAAACCCAACCCUGUCUUCAAAGUUUUUGGAGCUGCACCCUUGGAGAAUGUGGUACGCAAGUACAAGAGCAUGAUUCUGGAAGACCUGGAGUCGGCGCUGGCAGAACACGCUCCUGCACCUCAGGAGGUUAACUCAGAGUUACCACCCCUCACCAUUGAUGGCAUUCCAGUCUCAGUGGACAAGAUGACCCAGGCACAGCUGCGAGCGUUCAUCCCGGAGAUGCUGAAGUAUUCCACGGGUCGUGGGAAGCCAGGCUGGGGCAAGGAGAGCUGCAAGCCCAUUUGGUGGCCUGAGGACAUUCCCUGGGCCAACGUCCGAAGUGACGUGCGCACAGAGGAGCAGAAGCAGCGGGUGUCAUGGACCCAAGCACUGAGGACUAUCGUGAAGAACUGCUACAAGCAGCAUGGGCGCGAGGACCUGCUCUACGCAUUUGAGGAUCAGCAGACACAGCAACAGACCACAACCACACACAGUAUAGCACACCUGGUGCCCUCACAGACAGUGGUACAAACCUUCAGUAACCCUGAUGGCACUGUGUCCCUCAUCCAGGUUGGCACUGGUGCCACAGUUGCCACACUGGCUGACGCCUCCGAGCUGCCUACCACAGUUACCGUCGCACAAGUCAAUUAUUCUGCAGUGGCUGAUGGAGAGGUGGAGCAGAACUGGGCAACGCUACAGGGGGGUGAGAUGACCAUCCAGACAACGCAGGCGUCGGAGGCCACGCAGGCGGUAGCAUCAUUAGCAGAAGCAGCAGUGGCAGCAUCUCAGGAGAUGCAGCAAGGAGCAACUGUUACCAUGGCACUUAACAGUGAAGCAGCUGCCCACGCCGUAGCCACGCUGGCUGAAGCCACUCUUCAGGGUGGAGGACAGAUCGUCCUAUCUGGUGAAACAGCAGCAGCAGUGGGAGCACUCACUGGAGUCCAAGAUGCCAAUGGCAUCCUAGCAGCAGACUAUUCAGGCUACAAGUGGAGCCUAGCAGAGAGUUUAUCAGGCCUCGUGCAGAUCCCUGUCAGCAUGUACCAGACCGUGGUCACCAGCCUGGCCCAGGGCAACGGCCCAGUGCAGGUGGCGAUGGCACCGGUCACCACGCGGAUAGCGGACAGUGCCGUCACCGUGGACGGGCAGGCGGUGGAAGUGGUAACUUUGGAACAGUGACCAUAACCCACAGCAGGAUCACGAUGAUUUAUUUUUAUUUUUUUGAUGUUUUCUUUUUCUUUUUUUUUUUCUUUUUUUUUCUUUUUUUUUUUUCUCCUCGUCUCUUAUGCGAAUAAAUUUUUUUACGCCUAUCCAGAGAUGCAAUCAGGUGGCAUUGAGUCUCUCCGCUUCGGAAGCAAAAGAGUUUUGCUGACCAUUUUUAAUGAAAAAAAUAACGAAGGAUGCGUGUGUUAAGUGCGUCUUUGUAGCACCACCUUGGAGCAAGAAGCCCAGCACAGACGGGACUUCCAUUCUGAAGAGAUUAGAAAGGAGAAAAAAAAAAUACACACACACAAAAAUACAACUCCUUGGGCCCCUUUCCUCCCACAGUGGAUCAGAGCAGGGGAGCGCGGAUGCUCCCAUGUGGGGUGAAUUAGGUUUCAAAGAUUUUAACAUGGACUUUUAUAUUAAAAAAGUUUAAAAAAAAAAAAAAAAGGAAAGAAAAGAAAAGAAGAAGAAGAUUAAUAAUAGAGCUCGGGAAAGGCUUCUUUUGGGAAAAUGCAUUUGUGACUGCGGGGACAGCCCCUGAAGCCGCCGGUCCCGGAGCCCCGUGCGGGCGCGAGGACAGCUCGAUGACCGCCGCGCUUGGCUCCCCUGGUGCACACUGGAGACACAUUCUUCUUUCUCUGCUCUGGAAACCUGCCAUUUCAAUUCUUUCAUUGUUGUUUUUCAUGGUUUUUUUGUUGUUGUUGGUUUUUUUUUUGUUUUUUUUUUUUCUCUUUAUUAUUAUUAUAAUAAUUAUUGUUUCCUCUUCUGUCAAUUUGGAACGGAGCGGAAAUGCCUCCGGAGCUGUGCCGGGAGGGAUGCGGGGACACUACGACCAGCACAUGCCCCGAUCCUUUGCCAAAGAGCUGCAACCCCACCACCAACCCCGGACCCUUGGAGACCCCAAUUCAACCCCUUGGGGGACCCCUCUGGAGCCACGUGCCAGCCCCGCUCCUUGAGCAUCUCCUACAGCAUAGCCCCAUUGCCGCCACCCAACUCAACCCAACCCACGUCACCCAACGUCUCCCAAAGGAGGGGACAGCCCACGGGGGCAUUCUGGGGACAGAUCCUCCAGGACCUUCCAAAGGGACAAAGGCACCCCAGAAGCCCCCCACGGUGCGUGCUGGUUGUGUGUGGUAUUUAAUAUUUUUUUUAAUUAUUAUUAUUUUCAAGUGGCCAUUAACGAAGUUCUCCGCGUCUUUGCUCCGCCUUCGAGGAAGUUUUCAGAUUCUUGUAUUUACUUGUUUUAUAAGGAAAAUAUCAAAUGCUCUUUGUAUACACUUCUUCUGUACUUUAAACGAGGGGAGGGAAAUAUUUCCAUAAAAACAGCCCUGGUUUCUCCAGUUUGUUAUUAUUAUUUUUUUUAAUUAUUAUUUUUUAUCGUCGUUGUGAAGAUGUCGGUGGCUUUCAAGUCCGUGUUCCUUGGGCGGUGCGAUGACAUUCUUUUAGUCCCAGCGGUCCCCUUUGCCCUCCCCCCAAAGAGACAAAACAAGGCAAGUAGCAGAGCAUGGACCCCUAUUGUUUUCCCAGUGUCUAUUAUUCAAUAAAUUGUUACAAAUGUGUCUA